UUGUGGGUCAGAGUGGAAGCCACACAGCAGUCGAGACAAGUCUGUUUCUCUCUAAAAGAAAAGUUCAUCGGGUCUUUCUCAACAACAGCAGAGUCUCCGCCAAACACUGACAUGGCUGACGCAAACUAUCGGCUAUCUGAAGACCAGUUUCUGUGCUCCAUCUGUCUGGAUGUGUUCACUGAUCCAGUCUCCACAUCAUGCGGACACAACUUCUGCAAAAACUGCAUCACUGAACACUGGAAUAUUAAUGAACAGUGCAUGUGCCCAAUGUGCAAAAAGGUAUUCAAUACAAAACCUGAGCUGUACGUCAACACUUUCAUCUCAGAGAUGGUUGCUCAGUUCAGACAGACGGCUCAACAGGAAGCCAGCAGCAGCAGCUCAGAGAAACAAGAGUCCAAACCAGGAGAAGUUCCCUGUGACGUCUGCACUGGAACCAAACUGAAGGCCCUGAAGUCCUGUCUGGAUUGUCUGGUCUCCUACUGUGAGACUCACCUGGAGCCUCAUCUGACAGCUUCACGUCUGAAGAGACAUCAGCUGAUCGACCCUGUGGAGAACCUGGAGGGCAGGAUGUGUAUGACGCACGAUAAACCUCUGGAGCUGUUCUGUAAGACCGACCAGACAUGUGUCUGCAUGCUGUGCACUGUUUUAAACCACAAGACACAUGAUGUUGUUCCUCUGAGAGAAGAAUAUGAUGAAAAGAAGGCAGAGCUGGUAAAGACAGAGGCUGAAAUUCAGCAGAUGAUCCAGAAGAGACGACUGAAGAUUCAGGAGAUCAAACAGUCAGUGAAGCUCAGUAAAGAAGACGCAGACAGAGAGAUAGAAGAAGGUGUUCAGAUCUUCACUUCUCUGAAGGAAUCUGUUGAGAGAGGCCUGAAUGAGCUCAUCAAAACGAUAGAAGAGAAGCAGAAAACAACAGAAAAACAGACCAAAGUUUUCAUCCAAAAGCUGGAACAAGAAAUCUCUGAGCUGAUGAAGAGGAGCACUGAGGUGGAGCAGCUCUCACGCUCUGAGGACCACCUCCAUCUUCUCCAAAGCUUCUCGCCUCUGAAGGAUGUCCCAACCACCAAAGACUGGACAGAGGUCAGCGUCCAUCCAGCAUCAUAUGAGGGGACUGUGGUGAGAGCUGUGGCUCAGCUGGAGGAGACGCUCAGUAAAGAGAUGAAGAAGCUGAUUGAAGCAGAGCUGAAGAGGGUCCAGCAGUAUGCAGUGGAUGUGACUCUUGAUCCUGAUACAGCAAAUCCUGAACUCAUCCUGUCCGAUGAUGGGAAACAAGUGACUCAUGGUGAUGUGAAGAAACGUCUUCCAGACCAUCCAAAGAGAUUUUCUACCUGUGUUUGUGUUUUAGGAAAGCAAAGUUUCUCUUCAGGCAGAUUUUACUUUGAGGUUCAGGUUAAAGGAAAGACUGAAUGGGACUUUGGAGUCGCCAGAGAGUCAAUCAGCAGGAAGGAGAACAUCCCACUGAGUCCUGAGGAUGGUUACUGGACUAUAUGGUUGAGAAAUGGAUAUGAGUACGAAGCUCUUGAUGACCCAUCAGUCAGUCUCUCUCUGAAGUCUCCGCCUCAGAAAGUGGGGGUGUUUGUGGAUUAUGAGAAGGGUCUGGUGUCCUUUUAUGACGUAGAUGCUGCAGUUCUUAUCUACUCCUUUACUGGCUGCUCCUUCACUGAGAAACUCUACCCAUACUUCAGUCCCGGGCUUAAUGAUGGUGGUAAAAACUGUGUAUCUCUGAUCAUCUCAAAUGUCAAAGACACUGAGUAGUAUUAUAUCUUAUGUAUUGAUGUAUUUUCAUGAAAGGGAACAAAUGUACAUAUUAAGAGGCAACACCUGAACAAAAAUCUGAAAAAAAUGCUUAAAAAUAUUUAAAUUAAAAUUUUAAAAAUCCAUUAGAUUUUGCAGCCACAGGAAACAUUGCUGAACAUUUCAUUGUGGCAUAGCGCCAUUGCUAAAUGAUUAGCAAUGCUGCUUUACAAAAAUCUCCACAACACAACAAACUCACAAUCUCUACUUUAGGCAGCCAUAGAAGAGCAAGAAUUAUAAACUGAGCAGACCGUUUAGCAGUCUGUUAUUGGUUAUUAGGAAACGCAGCUGGCAUGAACAAAUGACACACUACCUAUUACAACAAAGUUCAGUGAAAACAUAGCGAUGAGGCAGAAAGCUCAAAGGUCAGCCUCCUCUUUGUCUUAAUGGGAAGUCUGUUAUUUAGCUACUGCAUAGUCAAAAACAUUAAAUUCCACACUGUGCCAACUCUCACACACUGAAAGCAAUGACUUCGCAUUAACGUUACAUCAAUUUACUGUCAAAAUUAGGGACACCAAUAAUCUCCACCAAUUUCCUCCAAGCAUGACUUUUCCUGUCAUUGUUGUAAGGGGUGAGACGGAUCAGACGGUCAGUAAACCUGAAACUGCUGUACUGAGUUUCUAUGUUUAGCAGCAGAACUGAUCAGGAGCUCUAGAUACAGAGCAGGCUUUUCUUUGCCCUAAUCUGAUCUGGUUAUUGGUUCGGGUUUUGGGAGCAUCGUGCACAUUCGCAGAAUAUUAAACUCUCCCAAACUUUUCUCAUGUGAUUGUUCGCUUCCCACUGAAAAUGAAUGUCAGCCUUUUGAUGUGUGUGUGCUGUAACAUGAACAGAUUUCUCAAAAAUGUUUAUUUUUUUUUUAAGCAAAUUUUCAUUAAAUACCAAACAGAAA